AUGGCAAAUUCCACCGAGAUGAGAGAGGUGCCGGCCACUGGCAACGGAACGAGCAAUAGCUGCACAACAGACAACGCCACCCAAUUCAACUUCACGUCCCAUGAGCAGUCCCCGGACUUCUAUAUCGUCCUCCCUGUGAUCUACUCUGUGAUCUGCGCCGUGGGUCUGACAGGAAACACGGCUGUCAUCUACGUGAUCCUCAAGGCCCCGAAGAUGAAGACUGUCACCAACAUGUUCAUCCUGAACCUCGCCAUCGCUGAUGACCUGUUCACCCUGGUCCUCCCCAUAAAUAUCGCCGAGCACCUUUUGCACUACUGGCCCUUCGGGGAGAUCCUUUGCAAAAUCAUCCUCUCCAUCGACCACUACAACAUCUUCUCCAGCAUCUAUUUCCUCACGGUGAUGAGCAUUGACAGAUUCCUGGUGGUCCUGUCCACCGUCCGGUCGAAGCGGAUGCCCCACCGUACCUACAGGGCAGCCCGUAUCGUCAGCUGCUGCAUCUGGGUCUUGGUGACCCUCAUCGUCUCCCCCUUCUUCAUUUUUGCUAAUGUCUACAAAGAUGGCUUGGACAUCCAGAGCUGCGGUCUCAACUUCCCCAAGCCUGAACGGCUUUGGUUCAAAGCCAGCAGGAUCUACACGCUCAUCUUGGGCUUUGCCAUCCCCGUGUCGACCAUUUGCAUCCUUUACACCAUGAUGCUGUACAAACUGAGGAACAUGCAUUUGAACUCAAAUGCAAAAGCCCUUGACAAAGCCAAGAAGAAAGUCACGGUGAUGGUCUUCGUCGUCCUGGCCGUGUGCCUCUUCUGCUGGACACCCUUCCACCUGGCCACCAUCGUCGCGUUGACCACUGACUUGCCGCAAACCUCUCUCGUCAUUGGCAUCUCCUACUUCAUCACCAGCCUGAGCUAUGCCAACUCGUGUUUGAAUCCGUUCUUGUACGCCUUCCUCGAUGACAGUUUUCAGAAAAGUUUCAGGAAGAUGCUGGAGUGUCAAACUGCUUAA